AUAUAUAUGUGCGAAUAGGUCCGCGAAUAACGUGAAAGAAUCAUGAUUGCAUAUAGUUUCCUGAAUAUUAAGCAUGUAUAAACAAUCGGAUGUUGUUAGUAAAUUCGCGUAUAUGCUUAAAAGUUAAAUAACGUCUGUGUGUGUGUGUGUGUUUCUGUAAGUGUUGAUAAGUACCUAUGUAAUGGAUAACUUGUAAGUUCGUCUGUAGAUUUACGGCUAUAUGCUAUUUAUAGCCAGUGAUUUGUAACAAUAAAACGUUCUAAUUAAUCUAAGGAUAAUGGAUAAAACAUAGACAAGAUUACACUUAAUAAUCAUGGAGGAGGAUAAACUAGCAGUAAUAAACGUGGCCACAGAAGUGAAGAUAAUAAAUAUUACUUAUGUCACAGGUUGGACUGCGGAGGAUUUGUGCAUUAAGGUAUGUCAAUAUUUUGGUAUUGGCCCAGUGGCAAGACAUCUUUUCGCACUUAGAAAUCGUUCUACAAAACUUUGGUAUCAUUCAGCAUACAAAUUCGAUGGAAAAGAAAAGCACAAAUUUGACUUCCGCUUAAGAUUCAAACCAUCUAGUCUUCGUAGAUUAAAACAGUUAGAUGUUAGAGCUUAUGAUUAUUAUUUUCAACAAGCAAGAGGCGAUGUACUGGAAAACAAAGUUCCAGAUAUUGUGUAUGAAAGGCACAGGCGUGAGCUCAUAGGUUUAGGUGUUUGUGAUAUGUAUAGAGUUAUGUUGGAAAAAGAUGUUGCACGUGAAAUUGUUGAAUCUGACUAUAAAAAGUAUAUACCAAAGGAAUGUAUAAAAAGACAUUCUUUUUUUAUAAGAAAACCAAUUCAUAAUGCUUUGGCUCGGAUAUCUGGACAUGAUGCUUCUUUUGUCAAAGAGCAAUACCUCAAUCAGUUUGAAUCUAUGGCUCCUAAUUAUUUAUGCGAAGAGUAUAAGGCUUUAAUUGACAAGGGAAUGACCAGUCCACCGCUUCGUGUACUUUUAAGGAUAAAUGCUACAGACAUAAAAUACUGUCAAAUUGAAGAAAGUAAUAGUAAUUGGAAAGUAUUAUGUGCUAUCGAAGAUCUCUGUUUCGUUUCCAUCAGGCAAGAUAAUACUGUAGAAGUAUCGAGAAAAAAUGGAAUACCAUCGUACUUGAAAUUCAGUACAAAUUCAUUACUCAUGUCAUUUGUCUCAGCACUUGAUGGAUAUUAUCGUUUAUCUAUAAAAUGGACAUUCAAUCUUUGUGGUGAUGCUGUGACGCCUAGCUUAGAACGUUUACAUAGGCUAAAAUGCCAUGGACCUGUUGGUGGGGAAUUUUCAUAUUCAAAACUUGAAGACAAGAGAGCCAACAGAGCAGGAACGUUUAUUUUGCGAGAGAGUGAAUCUAAAUAUGAUGCAUACUAUUUGGAUGCUUGUGGAAGAGAUUCCAAACCACGAACUCGAAAGAUAGAAAAAAUCGGACCUGAAGAUUUUGCUCUAUCAGAAUCCAUGCAACGAUUUAGAUCCAUUGCUCAAUUGAUUGCUGCUCACCAAGACCCUGAAGGUGCAUUAUACCUGAACGAAUGCUUGCCUCCUUCAGAAUAUGAUAAAUCGCCAUUGCUAAUAUGUGCUCCUGAAGGAUAUGGAAGUGAUGUAGCAGCUGAUGAAGAAAUCAUUGCCGGAGUUUUAGAAGGAAGACCGUGUUGCGUACCACCGCAUGAAUUGCAGGUUUAUAAAGCUCAACCUUUUCCUAAAAGUAAGGAAAGUCAAGCGCGUUUAAAUUCGUCAUCUUGCGGUGGUCCGACCACAACUCUUUAUAGAGCAAUGUGGCGCGUGACCAAAGGCAAGAGGCUAGAAACCGCAAUCAAGUUAUUAAAGGAAGAUGAAGGACAACCCACGAAAGAGUUUUUGAAACUAGCACAAAAGUGGGGUCAACUGCGGUCAAGUGCUCUAGUAAGAUUGUACGGCGUAACUCUUGCUCCGUCAGUUGGGAUGCUUUUGGAACUUGUCAAAUUAGGAGCUUUAGAUGCUUAUUUACGUAAUAAUUCUCCACAAACCAUUAAGACUGUUGACAUGGUUGAAGCUGCAGCUUGUCUUGCUACUGCCGUUUGGCAUUUGGAGGAAAACGGAGUUGUACACGGAAAUAUUCGAUGUCGAAAAUUAUUGGUACACGCACACACCGAUAACAGUUUUAUCGUGAAAUUAGCCGACCCUGGAAUUUUCAGUUAUAAGCCAGCCGAUGUCCAUUGGUUGCCGCCGGAAUGUUACGGAAAUCCAGAUUUGGCGAGACGAAGCAUACAGGCCGAUGUUUGGGCCAUAGCUACAACGCUAUGGGAAAUAUUUUCACGAGGAACUAUUUUGCCAUCAAAUACUGAGCCCGAUCCUAUUAAGAAGUUUUACGCAAGUGGAAAACGUCUACCUAUACCAAAUGGCUGUCCACCAGAGGUUUAUAAGCUUAUGACAGACUGCUGGGGCGAAAUAGGAGGUUCGAGGAAACAACCGCAAGCCAUAAUGCGAGACAUCAAUCAAAUAAAGUACCAAGUGUACAAUUCAAGAAGAACUCAUGCGUAUGCUACGGCGUUUCCAAAACGAGCAAACGAUUCGGAACUUAUCGAUGACGAUUUUAGCGAAGUUACUGAGCAUAAUUCAUCGUCGGAUUGUGAAUCAAGAGCUAGCAGUCUUUUUACGGAUCGGACAAGCCUCCCAUGGGACGAUUCUGAAGAUAAUACGAGAGGUCUGGCGCAUAUGGAAUGGAGCGGUGUACCUUUUGAAGACACCGAGGAUGUUCUUUCAACCUAUUUGGGUUGGUGGGCAAAAACUAGUGGCGAUAAUGCCGAUAAUGGAUACGACCACGAUGGUGGCUUGUUGGGACAGAUGCAAAGCAUUUUCGAAUUGGAUGCCGAUUGUAACGUAAUUCUGCAAGGCCGCAUAGGCCAAGGCUUCUACGGUGAAGUCUAUUUGGGAAUAUGCGAAAAGGAUAGUGUAAAAGAUGCCGAACCUCAGCAGGUCGCAGUUAAAAAGUUGAAAAUGCGAGCUCUUGAAGCUGACUUGCGGGACUUUGAAAGAGAAAUAGAAAUAAUGAAGACUUUGAAGCAUCCCAAUGUUGUUGGAAUAUUGGGCGUUAUUUCGGAACCGGAGGUGUGCUUAGUUAUGGAAUUCGUUAAGCACGGUUCAUUACAAAGUUAUCUUGCCAUACAUCGGGAGAGCCUCACUAAUAAAAGACUGUUAGGCUUUGCCCUUGAUAUCGCUACCGGCAUGGAAUAUCUCGGUCGCAUGAAUAUUGUGCACAGAGAUCUUGCUGCAAGAAAUAUUCUCGUUGCAGAUGAUAAUAGAGUGAAAAUUAGCGACUUCGGUCUUGCCCAAGUAACUGGCAAAAAUGAUUAUUAUAUAUUACAAACCAAUAGAGAUCUUCCCAUCAAGUGGUAUGCGCCAGAAAGUUUAAGGGAUGGAAAAUUCUCACCUCGCUCGGAUGUUUGGUCGUUCGGUGUGACAAUGUACGAGACUUUUAGUUUUGGUGAAGAUCCAAAGUUACCGGAAUUUGGUAGUAAUAGCGUAGUCGAAGUUGAAGGAUCCGGUAAGGCUGUUAAUACUUUAGAAGAAGAAGGAGGCGCAGACUUAUUAAAAGCUCUGGAAAGAGGUGCACGACUACCUUGUCCAGCAACAUGUCCUCAAGAAGUGUACACAAAAGUAAUGUAUCCUUGCUGGAAUAUUCAGAGCCACGAACGUCCAGAAUUUGCAAAACUCUGCAAGGAUAUUCGGGAUUUGAUUAACAAUGAGUAUUAAUGUUUUUGCACGUGCCAUGGUAUAAUUAUCAAGCGGUAUGUUCGGUGUUCCUCGAUCGAUUAAUGAGAUUUGCGAAAAAAGUUGGUAGAGCACCUAGUGAAUAACGAUUAACUAUUUAUAGUUAAUAAUCUGUUUAUAUAAAAGACCUGCUAAUGUGAUGAAUUUGUAUGUAUUGUUAUUUUGUUAUAUUUUUGCUAAGUUUAUUAACCAAAACGUUUUCAUGUAUGCUGCAAAUUGAUUAUGAAUUACCAUUCCGUUCAUUGUAAAUUAUUUGACAGUUGAUGAUAAGUGACGACGAAAGUAAUCAUGUAAUUUAAUAUGCGUUAAAUACGCAAAUGUGUGUAUUCUGUGAUUUUGUUCGCGCACAGAUGUUGUAUAUACGGAAACUUACUUUUAUUUUAUUUUUACAACUUAUAAUAAAAUAUAUACAUUUUUAUAUUUAA